UAAAGAACCAAAUCAAACAAGUUACUAAAGGUCAAAGUCCAUCUGCCCUCUAACAGGAUUUCAGCUCGGUUCUUCCACCUUUUCUUGUACAUGUAAAAGACUUCAAGUGGUGAGUUCAGAUCAUCCUCAUAUAAACGGAGACACACAGCCAGAUGACACUGACUUCAUAACAGGGUUCACAGCGAUGGGUUCAGUGAAAGGCAGCGGUCCCCUCACUACACAUGUGUUGAACACCGGGGACGGGGUCCCAGCAGCACGAAUGGCCCUCAGUCUACACCGCCUGGACUCCCGCAUGACCAUCUGGAGCCUCGUAACCGUCGGAAACACAAAUGAGGACGGCCGCUGUCCAGGACUAAUAACCAGCGAUGCCUUCACUCCAGGAAUGUACAAGAUUCGCUUCGAGACGGGCCAGUACUGGGAGAGUUUGGGACAGUCCAGCUUUUACCCAUAUGUUGAGAUUGUCUUCACUGUGAGCGAUGCUGAUCAGAGCUUUCAUGUGCCGCUGCUGGUGAGCAGAUACUCAUACAGCACCUACAGAGGGAGCUAGAGAGCAGCUGACGAUAAACACUUACACUGCACUCACCAAACUGUGCUGGAGUUUCAAGCAUGUGAAUGGAUUCAAGAAAUCACCUCAAGCAGCAGCCCUCAACUUAAACACCCCAGCGCAAUUAUUUGAAAUUCAACCUGUUGUUGUUUGUUCAACAUUCUUUUGAAUGACCAAAAAUAAAUAUUUUUAUUAUUGUCACAUAGUGCUUUAAAAAAAAAAAAAAGAAAGAAAACUGAAAUAAAAACAAAAUAAAAUUCCAUUCAUAUAA